CUUCACCCUCAUUGUGGCCAUGACGGACGGCGACUACACGAGCCUCCCCGACAUCUCCAGCUACGUCACGUGCAUCAUCACCACCUAUUGCGUCAUCGUCGUCGAUUCAUACUACGAGAGGGUGCUGCAGGAGGAACGGGUGGAAAAGGCGGGUUCAUCUCGGAGACGCUCUAGCUUAGUGAUCGUCCGCUCGUCGCCUGAAUCGCCUACCUCUCAGGACUACAUACCACCUACCACCUACAUGGUCCCGGCGACCAACCAGAACAACCUGGCCCCUCCGCCGCCUAAUUUCAACCCCGUUCCGAGAACCCAGAGCGCGCAGCCUCAGCCUACCGGUCGACAGCAGGCCUACCUUACUGACAGGAGUCGGGACUACCACUGUCAUAAUAACUUGUAGUCUACGAGAGGACUGGGAAGAAGUGGAAGAAGAGGAGGAAUUGGAAGAAGGAGGAAAAGGAAAAGGAAAAAAAAAAGAUGAAGAAAAUGGAAUGUG